AUGAGCAAUCUCCUCGUCGUUAUCGGCAUCACAGGCCAACAAGGCGGCUCCGUAGCAUCCCUCUUCUCCCAAGAACCAGGCUGGAAAGUCCGAGGCAUUACUCGCAACCAAUCCUCCCAUUCAGCACUCGCCUGGACCUCCAAAGGCGUAGAAAUGGUCCAAGCAGACCUCAAUGACCCCUCUGCCCUCCCCGCUGCCUUCGCCGGUGCCGCCGCCCUCUUCGUGACAACUGAUUUCUGGGGGCCAUUCUACAACCCUCAAACUCUUUCACUUCUCAAAGAACACCAAACCCUCGGCGAAUACUGCUCUGAUAUCGAAUUGCAGCAAGGAAAGAAUGUCUUCGAUGCUGCUUCUCAAAUCCCGACUCUGGAACGGAUUGUUGUUUCAAGCUUGGUUGAUGCAGAAACGUUGAGUGGCGGGAGGUUUAAGGGAGUGUAUCACUGGGGAGGUAAAGCGAUGGCGUUGAAGUAUUUGAGGGAGUCGCAUCCGGAGUUGGCGGGUAAGCUGAGUACGGUUGUUAUGGGAAAUUAUAUGGGGAAUUGGCUUCGGGACUUGAAGCUGAGGAAGACGGAUGCCGGGUAUCGACUAGCCCUAGUAGGCUCCGGUACUACACCACUUCCACAUAUCGAUGUCGAGAGAGACACCGGGUAUCUUGUUCGUGCGCUGUUGGAGUGUUCUCCUGGUAAGACGGUACUGGGCGCCGGAGAGAUGAUCUCGUGGUGUGAGAUGUUGAGGGUCUGGUGUGAGUGUAAUGAGGUGCCGCUUGCAGGUUUUGAUCAGCUUUCGAUUGAUCAGUUUGAGAGGUUCGUUCCUGUGCCGGGCCUUGGGAGGGAACUGGGUGAGAUGUUUGCUUUUAUGGACGAGUUUGAGUAUGCGGGUGGUGAUGCCAAUGUUGUACUUCCUUCCGAGGUAGGUUAUCUGCUUGUUUGCUCGGAAUAUACUAAUUGA